AUGCCGUUGAUCGUAGUAUCGGGUCUCCCGACCUCGGGUAAGACGACCCGCGCAAAACAGCUGCAAGCCCACCUGGCAGCACGCAUCGCCGCCGCCGCCGCUGACGGCAGCAGCAAACAAUCACCACCGUACCGACUCCAUUACAUCUCCGACUCGACGCUCUCGAUAUCGCGCGAUGUGUACGACCUCGACCCGAACAAGGUGCGCGCGCACACGCGCUCCGCCAACGCCUCGGAAAAGGACGCCAGGGCGGCUGUCUACGGCGCCGUGAAGCGCGUGCUGUCGGACCGGGAUAUUGUUAUUUUGGACGGGAUGAAUUACAUCAAGGGGUGGCGGUACCAGUUGCACUGCGAGGCUAAAGCUAUGAGGACGCCGAGCGUCGUGCUUCAGAUUGGGUGUGGAGUUGAGAGGGCUAGGGGGAUAAAUGAGGAGAGGUUGAGGAGGCGAGGGGCGGCUGCAUCGACGACGACGACGACGACGACGACGACGACCGCGACAGAGGAAGCACAAAUGGAUAGCAGUCAGAUCCCGGAGGACGCAAAGGAGGCAAACACAGAAGGCGAGACGAAGCAAGACGACACCGACGAAGAGCAGCAGCCCUACGACACGGACAACUGGGACAACCUCGUCUUCCGCUACGAGGAGCCAAACCCGAUGACGCGCUGGGACAGUCCGCUCUUCACCCUCAUCUGGGACGACGACGCGGCGCAGACGGCAAAAGUGUGCGACGACAUCUGGGACGCCGUCGCGGGUACGGGGCGGAAGGUCAUCAAGCCCAACCAGGCGACGGUCCAGCGCAGCCGUGACACGAGCGGGGAUUACCUGUACGUGCUGGACCGCGAGACGCAGGAUGUUGUGAAGAGGAUUUUGGAGGCGCAGGCUGAAGGGGAGGAGGGCGGGGAGGUCAAGGUCUCCAGGGGGGAUGAUGGGGCGGGAGGGGAGAAGAAGGAGCUUGUUGUGCAGCUCCCUGGUCGCAAGGUCGGUCUGCCGCAGCUUCAGAGGCUGAGGAGGGCGUUUGUGGGUUUGAACCGUGGCGGGAUCGGGCUCGAGGGCGUGGGCAACUUUAGCGCGGAGAGGAUGAGGGAGAGCUUUGUUGGGUAUCUGAACGAUACGUUUGAGCAGGAGGGUUGA